GGCGAUCCGAGCGAGCGGCCGGCGCCUGGCUGCGCUCCAGCGCGCGGAGGGGCUCUAGGUGCGCAAUUAAUGGCGGCAUUUAGUUUCUACGUCGCUGUUAGUUGGCGGAGGGGAGAAAAGGUCGGCGGGGCGGUGGCCGUGGACGGGGCGACCAGCAGCGCGCCGGUAGGGGCCUGCCAGGGACCAGGGGGCGUUCCGUCUUGAGAACACUGGCUGGCACUCUGGAAGAGUGGAAGUGUUACCACAGCAGCUUGUGCCGCUUGCGCUCGCACUGCCCCUCGUGCUCGUGGGUCCUGCUAGAGCUAGACCAGCUGAGAGACGAUAGAUUUCCUCCCGACACCGCGUCGCAGCCCCCAUCGCUCUCUCUCGCUGGCGCAGUGACGUGCCCGUGAGCUUCUCGUCGAUCCAGGAAAGACGUGCUCCUCGCUCUCCUUGUCCUCGGCGGCAAGAUGGGCCGGGGGCGCGGCGGCGCCUUUUCUUGCUCAAUGCUGGACUUGCUGGUCUUGUCGGCGCUGCUACCGUUCGCCGCCUCGCAGUCGCCGUCCUCGCUUCUGUCGCCGGCUCAGAGCGCGUCGCGGCCUCCGACGGCGCCGUCCGCGAGACCGUCGUUCCCAUCGCCUGCGGCGCCAGCGCCGAGGCUGUCACGGCCUCCAGCCCCGCCGGCCGCGAAACCGUCGUCUCCACCGCCCGCGGCGCCAGCUGGGAAGCCGUCGCCAUCUCCCAGGCCGGCUCCAACGAGGUCUCCGGCAGUGGCGACACCCGCGCCAAGAGCGUCGCCUGCAGCCUCGCCAGCUCCAAAGCCAUCCUCUCCUCCACCUAAAACGGCGCCGGCUCCAAAACCAUCCCCGUCCGUGGCGCCGGCGCCAAGGCCAUCUCCUCCACCUGUCACACCGGUACCACCAGCUCCAAAGCCGCCGCCACCGCCGCCGCCGCCACCGGCUCCGCUGCAGCCUCCGUCGAACUCCACGCCGACGACGUCCUCCGCAUUGGGCCAGCUCUCGCCCAGCUUCUACGCGCAGUCCUGCCCGGACGUUGAGCUGGCAGUGAGGGACGUCGUUAGGUCGGCCUCCACCCUGGACCCCUCCAUCCCCGGCAAGCUUCUUAGGCUGGUCUUCCAUGACUGCUUCGUCGAGGGAUGCGAUGCAUCGGUGCUGAUACAAGGUAACGGUACCGAGAGGACGGAUCCUGCAAACCUCUCGCUUGGUGGGUUCAAUGUCAUCGAUGCAGCAAAGAGGUUGCUUGAAGCUGUGUGCCCUGCGACUGUUUCUUGCAGCGACAUUGUCGUCCUCGCCGCAAGAGAUGCUGUUGUGUUUACUGGAGGACCGGCUGUGCCUGUCGCGCUGGGAAGACGAGACGGCCUCGUCUCGUUGGCAUCCAACGUCCGAAGAAACAUCAUCGACACGGGCUUCUCCGUGGACGCCAUGGCGGCCAGCUUCACCGCCAAGGGGCUCACCUUGGACGACCUCGUCACUCUCUCAGGGGGGCACACCAUCGGGUCGGCGCACUGCAACACGUUCCGGGAGCGGUUCCAGCAGGUGGCGAACGGGAGCAUGACGCCGGUCGACGGGUCGAUGAACGCCGACUACGCGAACGAGCUGAUCCAGGCGUGCUCGGCGAACGGCACCGUGCCGGCGGGCACGGCCGCCGUGGGCUGCGACUCCGGCUCGGCGUCCGUCUUCGACAACACCUACUUCGCGAACCUGCUGGGCGGGCGGGGCCUGCUGCGCACGGACGCCGCGCUGGUGCAGAACGCGACGACGAGGGCCAAGGUGGCGGAGUUCGCGCAGAGCCAGGACGGCUUCUUCGCGAGCUGGGCCAGCUCGUACGCCAGGCUCACCAGCCUCGGCGUGAAGGUCGGCGCCGACGGCGAGGUCCGGCGGACCUGCUCCAGCGUCAACGGCUGACGAGGGGGCGGGGGAGGCUGCAGAAACUUAUGUUGUAGUUGUAGAGCAAGGAAAGGUGAGGUGAGGUGUGGUGUCGGCUAGUUCUUGUUCUUGGCCCGGCGAUGCUUCGGUGGGUGAGCGAGGUGUUGCCGUGUAGCCGGCGUCACCGUUUUUAGUGAAAGGAGCGAAAAGAAAAUGCAGAAACCUGUGUAGAUGACGUGCCUGAUCUGCGUCUGCAACCAAGGGCAUAGUUCACUCAUGACGAUGGACACUGUACUUUGACCUGAUAAAUGACAUAGCAAGCGAGGCGAACGUGCUUACGCGGUUC